CUCCCACGACCCCCUCCCCACCCUGCAUCCCGUCUCCCUGGGCAGGGGGCCGGCGUUUCGGGCGGUCUUCUUGGGAGGGGAGGGAGCCGGAGUCUGCGCUGGCCCCACGCGCCGAGCUCCACGUGUCAGUACCGGACACGUCAGAGCAGGGACCCUGAGUCCACCCCCACCCCCCACCCAGCGGGCCUGCCUGCCCAUCCUCGCCACGUGUCGCCCCCAGCACUCACCCCUGGGACCCCUUGGCAGGUUGGGAGAGAUUCUUCUCACCUGGGGCUAGUGGGGGUGCAUUGCCCCCACUUCAGGGGAUCCAGGUCCCUGACUGUCACUCCUGCUUUCAGUAAGAGCUACGGCAACGUGCUGGUGUUGGACGGCGUCAUCCAGUGCACAGAGAGGGACGAGUUCUCCUACCAGGAGAUGAUAGCCAACCUGCCCCUCUGCAGCCACCCCAACCCACGCAAGGUGCUGAUCAUCGGGGGUGGGGAUGGAGGUGUCCUGCGGGAGGUGUUGAAGCAUUCCUCCGUGGAGUCCGUGGUCCAGUGUGAGAUUGACGAGGAUGUCAUCCAGGUCUCUAAGAAGUUCCUGCCAGGCAUGGCUGUGGGCUACUCCAGCUCCAAGCUGACCCUACACGUGGGCGACGGUUUCGAGUUCAUGAAACAGAACCAGGACGCCUUUGAUGUUAUCAUCACUGACUCUUCAGACCCUAUGGGCCCUGCAGAGAGUCUCUUCAAGGAGUCCUAUUACCAGCUCAUGAAGACGGCCCUCAAGGACAAUGGCGUCCUCUGCUGCCAGGGCGAGUGUCAGUGGCUGCACCUGGACCUCAUCAAGCAAAUGCGGCAGUUCUGCAAGUCGCUCUUCCCCGUGGUGGCCUAUGCCUACUGCACCAUCCCCACCUACCCCAGCGGCCAGAUAGGCUUCAUGCUGUGCAGCAAAAACCCUAGCACCGACUUCCGGAAGCCCGUGCAGCAGCUGACGCAGAAGCAGGUGGAGCAGAUGCAGCUGAAGUACUACAACUCGGACGUGCACCAGGCCGCCUUCGUCCUGCCCGAGUUCGCCCGCAAGGCCCUAAAUGAUGUGAGCUGAGCCCAGGUGCCGCUGCCGACGCUGCCCGGGACCUCAGGCCAGGGAGCCCCCGGGGUGCCUGGGCGCGACGAGCCCUGGACGAGCCCCCCCGCCCCGCCGGUGUGCCCACCAAGCAAGUGUUACAGGCCCCAGAAUGCUGCCCGGGCUGCCCUGCUGGGCGGACUGUCUGUCGAUGUGGCGUUCAGCCUCCAAGCCUCUACAGCUGUGUACAGCACCUUCUCCACCUCUGUCGCCCUCACUCACCAAACACGUGUAUUUAUAACAAAUUCUGAA